AUGGACAAAUCCGCCGGCCUUGACAAUCAAAAUUUUCAGUUGCAUCCUGCAGCAAGGCAGGUGCCAUCCCUUCCCGUCGAGCUAUGGCGUCAAAUCUUUCGACUCUAUCUCGGACCAUCGAUCACAAAUUUGCCACAAAACUCACUUUAUGGCUAUGGCCAAUGUGUCCGCCUGAACAGCGGAGAAGUUGCGCGCAUAUAUCGCAAGAAGGAGCAUAUGCGAGCCAUUCUGCGUUGCGUGUGCCGCACAUGGAAGACGCUAUCUAAUGAGCUAGACGAUGCCAUUGUGAUGAGCAAUUUGGACGAGUUUGACUGGCCUCCUGGUCGUUCAAAGCCCCAAGCAAAAGCUAUAUACUAUACUUCCGACAGAUUUCAACAAUACGACGCGAGAGAUCCCGUCAAAGCUUACCGCGAGGCCAAGGGUACAUUUUAUCAACCAUCCUCCGAGAACAAAGUGCUUCAAUUCGGUGAGAAGGUUCCACUGGCUCCCAUUACUAUCGUGUAUGACUAUGCAAUCCAACUUCCGCCCGCUUACAGCCAUCUUCGCUACCUGGAUAUCAUACUCUACACGCCGUUCAUGGGAGUGCCGGCUGUUGGGACGGUUUCAUCUUGGCGUUUUCCUAUGCUUACCCUUCUCCGAGUGGAAGGUCUUGGAGAACAUCCCAAAAAGGAGGUUCUUGGUCUCCUACGAGCUCAUAGUAGACAACUUGUAGAACUCCACGCUUCAAGUCUUGGUGCGGAGUUUCCAACAUCCGAUGACUGGUGGAGUUUUUGCUCGCUCCAGCUAUUCGUGGUGAACAGCCUCGACAUGCUGGCUGACGCACUUUCCUCCGUGGGCACUCUCUGGACGCGUAAAUCGAACAGUAUGUCCAAUGAGACAAUGAUAGCCGAGACGACACCUCGACGCCUCACGAUGAGUCUUCAGUAUCCCCGGAGCACCCGGUAUACAAAGGCGCACAUUAUUCAAGAGUUCGAGGGAUCCCAGUCCAUUCUUCCCUUUCUUGAUUUCGCAGUGUCACAGACAUGGGACUCCAUACAAACAACUCUUACCGAGUCCGAGUACCGCCACGACACGUAUAGCGCUCUCAGAGAAUCAUUGGAGCUGAUGGAAAGCCUGGGGGUUGACUUUGUUGAUCCAGCCGGAAAUGGCCUUGACUCCUAUGAGGCCCGCUGUCUGAAGAGUGCGGUCCAACGUGGGCCACCAGAGCUCCUGCAAGGUGGAAGGGAAUAA